AUGCCAGGGUCUGACCAGGCUGUGGAGGUGGACGAGGUGGAGGAUCUAUCCCAGCUUGAGGAGGUGUGUGAGAGCUCUGUGCUGCUGAAUCUGAAGAAGAGGUUUCACCGGGACUCCAUCUACACGUACAUAGGUAACAUGCUGCUGUCACUUAACCCCUUCAAGCCCCUUGACCUCUACACAGAGGACCUCCGACAGCAGUACCAGGGCAAGGAGCAGAAACGCAACCCUCCCCAUGUCUAUGCUGUCGCCGAUGCAGCCUUCAGCCAAUCUCAGAGCUCACCACAAGAGCAGUGCAUCGUCAUAAGUGGUCAGAGUGGAUCAGGUAAGACCGAGGCCACCAAGCUUAUAGUCCACUACCUCAGCUCCAUGUACCAAGGCAUGAACAACAACCUCAGACAGCCCAUGGAGGUGCUGCCGAUUCUAGAGAGUUUUGGUAAUGCCAAGACCAUCCUCAACAACAACUCUAGUCGCUUUGGCAAAUACCUUCACGUCCACGUUCUCCAGGGUGUGGUGGUGGGGACAUCGCUGUCAAAGUACCUUCUUGAGAAGUCACGCGUUGUCUUCCAGGCCAAUGAGGAGAGGAACUACCAUGUGUUCUAUGAGCUGCUGGCGGGGAUGAACGACUGGGACAAACAGGAGCUCUAUCUGCAGGGAGCAGAGACAUACUACUACCUCAACCAAGGCGGGUCCUGUGAGCUGAAGGGGAAGCUGGACAAACAGGACUUCCUGUUGUUGGCCCAGUGCUUUGAGACGAUUGGUCUACACGCCGACCAGAUCUCCACAGUCUGGGCCAUCCUCUCCUCCAUACUACAGCUGGGGAAUAUCUGCUUCAGUUCCUACGAGGUGUGUGUGAGAGAGUGGAGUGAGUCGUUUGAGGUGGCCCGUAUCUUCAGUGAGGCAGAGGCCAGGAGAGUAGGUUCUCUCUUGCAGGUGUCUUCAGAGGCCCUACAGACUGUCAUCACACACAAAGUCACGGAGACAACCUAUGACAGGAUCUACUGCCCCCUGUCUGUGGAAAGUGCCAUAGAAUCCAGAGAUGCCAUAGCCAAGGCCCUGUACUCUGUGUUGUUCGAUUGGCUGUUGGAGCAGAUCAAUGAUUGGCUGAGUCCUACAGAAAUGGACAGCACCGUGGGGAUAGUGGACAUCUAUGGCUUCGAGGACCUGGGAGUGAACAGCUUUGAACAGCUGUGUAUUAACUUUGCCAAUGAGCAGCUGCAGCACUUUGUCAACAAGGCCGUGGUGACCCAGGAACAGGAAGAGUACAGUACAGAGCAGAUCCAGUGGUACCCCGUCCCACUGCAGGACUUCCACUCCUGUCUGGACCUCAUCUCCUCCAGACCACAUGGUAUCCUCCGUAUACUGGAUGACCAGACCUGCCUACCCCAGGCCACCGACCACACCUUCCUCCAAAAGUGCCACUAUCACCAUGGGAACAGCCCACACUACACUAAGCCCAAGAUCCCUCUGCCUGUCUUCACUGUGUAUCACUACGCCGGAGCCGUCACGUACCAGGUCCAUAACUUUCUGAAUAAGAACCAUGAUCAGUUCCGCACAGAGGUGGUUGAGCUGUUUGCUAGGAGUAGACUGAAGAUGGUGUCAGGGCUGUUCCGUAAGGUGCAGGAUAAGUACCUGCAGCAGAGAGAGUUGGGCUGGAGGGGUAAAGGUCACAGGCAACAGCCCUCCACGGUGGCAGCACACUUCCAGCAGUCCCUGACUGAGCUCACCACACGACUAGAGAGGUGUAAAACCACCUUUAUUCGAUGUUUCAAGCCAAAUUAUGUCAAGCUUCCCGGUAUCUUUGAUGUGGACUAUGUGUCAACCCAGCUGAGGCAUGCUGGGAUACUUGAGACCAUCACCAUCAGGAAGGAGGGAUUCCCCAUUCGCAUCCCCUUCUCCUUCUUUAUGGAGAGGUAUGGAAUCCUCCUGGUGGAGCGACCAGCCACCAUGUCUGAUAAGGAGCAGACCGUGGCGUUGCUGAACUUUGUAGGGGCUGAUGAGGGACAGUACCAGCUAGGACUCACUAAGGUGUUUCUGAAGGAGGUGCUGUACCAGCGUGUGGAGGACAAGUGGAACAGCACUCAGACCUGGGCUGCGGUUACCAUCCAGAGGAACAUCAGAGGGUUCAUCUGCAGGCGCAACUUUAGGUUCUUCAAACAGAAGGCCAUUGUCAUCCAGAGCCACAUACGAGGACAUCAGGCCAGGCAGUAUUACAAGCGUUUGAGACUGUCCUUCACUCAGUUCUGGGCUGCAAUGAUGAUCACCAGGAACACAAUCAAGAGACGCCAGUGGAGGGCACAGGAACAAGAGAGGAACGAGAGGAGCACGGUGAAACCCACCACUGAGACUGAAGAGCACAUCUCCACAGGAAUGGAUGUGGGAAUGUUGGAGAUCCCAGCUGAGCUGUCGGCCAGACUACGCAGCGCAGCAGGGCGGCAGCAUGGCUCUGGGGUAACAGAGGUGGCGCCUCCACAGGUGAAAGCAGGACACGCCCUCACCCUGCCCCUCGAUAUAGACAGCUACCCCUUCUCACGAUACGCCAACACUACACUGAAGGAUGGCUGGUGUCAGCCGCAGGGCUACUCCCUCCAGCGACCUCUGACCUAUCUGGAGCCUGAAGACGCUUGCAUCGCUCUGGAGAUCUACAAACUGAUCCUGCGCUUUGCAGGGGACAGUGAUCUGAGUGGCUGGCAGGAGCAGCUGUUGGGAAACUACAUCGUGGAGCAGGGCCUUACCAGACCCCCCCUGAGGGAUGAGAUCCUAGCCCAGAUAGCUUACACCACCUGGGGCAGGGAGUCAGAGGAGGGGUCCCUACGGGGCUGGUUGUUACUAGCCUGCUGCCUCAGUGCCUUCACCCCUUCCCCAGCCCUUGACAAAUCCUUGCUCAAGUAUGUGUCUGACAAGGGUCCAGGUGAAUAUCGUUCUCUGUGCCAGCACAAACUCCUCACCUCCCACCACCUACCCUCCCCCACCUCCCGCCUCCACCCCCCCUCCCAGCUUGAGUGGACAGCCAAUCAGAGGAGAGGAAAGAUGGUUCUGGACGUACACACCUUCAACGAGGAGAAGAUUACAGCUGAGGUAGAGUCCUGGACCACAGGAGAGCAGCUGGCCUCGUGGCUGCUCCACUUCAGAGGGUUAGGUGAGGCUCCUCGGGGCUGGUCUGUGUCUCUGCUGGCUGAUGAGGGCUGGUCUGACCUGCCUGGAUGUGACUUUGUCAUGGACCUGUUGGCUGGAGGAGAGACUGAUACUACACUGGGGACCGCACACACACCCACUGACUACCUGUUCAACAACGAGGAAAACCGGAUGAUAACAGAUCUAGAUGGGUUCAUCCCCCCGGCCCCCUCCAUGCAGGCCCCUGGUCUCCCCCAGCAGGCGGCCCACUGGGACGGCAGAGACUACCAGCCGUCAGAGGGUUCUCGUGGUCGUCAGAUGGAUGCUUAUCUGGAUGACCUCUUUGACCCAGUGCUGGACCAGGGACCAGGGGACAGGGAGCGUAUGGCCAUUUUGAACAGGAGGAUGAGAGGAGGAGGAGGGAUGUAUGGAGCAGGUGUCCCAAUGACAAUGCCAGGUUAUUCUAUGGGAAUGCCGAUGAACCCUGCCAUGCAAGGCUAUGGGGCUCAGAUGAUGCCAAGUAUGAUGCCAUCUGCCCCCAUGCCUAUGAUGCCAACCAUGAUGAUGCCCCAGCCAGCUGCACCAGCCGUGGACUCCCAGCAGAUGGCAGCACAGCAUCAGGCUUUCAUCAACCAACAGGCCCUGCUCAUGGCCCAGCAGAUGACAAUGCAAGCCAUGACCAUGUCCCAGCAGCAGGCUCAGGAGCAGCAGCAGAGACAGCAGCAGCAAAGACAGCAGCAGCAGAGACAGGAGCAGCAGCAGCAGAGACAGGAGCAGAGACGCCAGGCUAACCGAACCGCCACACCCCCCCGCGCCCCCAUCACCCCCCACCCCCACCCCCACCCCCACUCCACACAAAUCCCCCCACCCCACCACCGCUACGCACACCCAGCCAGACCGGAGAGGGAUGUGGACUUUGCCAGUCCAGACCAGCGUGAGUCUUUCAAGGUGAAGAGAGAGUUUUUCCAGAAGAUUGGUGACCUCGCCCUGCUCCCAGCAGCCCCCCCAAACAGACCCGGCCCCGCACCCCCUCUCCACCCCCAGCCCCCAGGACUUUGCAACCUCCCCCUCUCCUCCUGCCAGAGACCCAUACCCCCCAGCCCCCCUGCCUCCCCGCCCCCGCCCACCACCAGCAUCCGUGACAUCAUCAAACAAUACCAGAACCGCCCCGCCAGUGACCCCAGACCCUUCGAGCCCGUCAGGGUUCCAGCCCGGUCGUUUGUGAAGAAGAAUGAUCCUAAAGAGGAGGCCUUGGCGAUCCUCAUGAAUAAAGGACCUGUACAACAGCAGAGAAAGUGGGCCCCUCCUCCCCCCAUCCAGAGGGAGCCCCCCCGUCAGAGAGAGCCUCGCCCAGCGUGGCAAUCCUCUCCUCCCUCCACCAGAGGGCCUCGCUCAAUCUCCAACAGCAUGAAGCAGAAACAGCGCUCCCUGGCUGACCUCUUUGGCACGCAGGGUCGUUCCAAGAACCUUCCGCCUGCUCCACCCAAGUCCACCCCUCCUUAUCCCCCAGCCAUCUUUGAAAGCUUGCCAGACCCUCCCGCCAAGGCUGCCCCCACACUCAAUCUGUCUGGGGAGGAGAGUGUUCGCUCCCAGCUCCACAGGUUCUCUGCCAGCGUCUACUUCUCCAACUCUGCCAUGCCUGGCAAACUGUUCCUACGCAAGGAGGUGUUUUACCCCAGAGAGGGGUUCAACCACCCCUACAUCCUCAACCUCCUUUGUGAGCAGAUCAUGAGAGACACGUACUCUGACACCUGUGUGAGGAUCACCCGAGAGGACCGGAGAAAAAUGAAAGACCUACUAGCCAGUUUCCACGUGGGCACCAGUAUCCGCUCGCUUCAGGACGACACUAUGAAGAAGAGGAUAGUGAUGGCUGCCAGGGACAACUGGGAAAACUACUUCACACGACUCUUCCCUGUCAAAGGUGGUACCAGCGGGGACACCCAGCUGUUGGGCGUGUCUCAUCGUGGGAUUCGACUGAUGAAGGUGGCCAGAGCAUCAGGCAUAAACCCCAAACACCUGCGCCUGCUACGGAGCUACAGCUAUGCAGAGCUGCUGUCGGUGGAACUGCGGUCUGCCGACAUCGUGGAAUUCAGUCUAAAGGGAGAGCAGCUACAGCUGCAGAGCAACAGGGCUCCACAGAUCACUGCCAUGGUCAGCCUGUUCCACCAAGAACUCAUCAAUGGCUCAGAUCAUGUGAUUGCCCUGAAGAGCUUUGUGACCGACGACAAGAGCCUGCUCAGCUUCCGCAAGGGUGACGUCAUCAAACUGCUGCCCAUUGACGGCCUCCAGCCAGGUUGGUGUUUCGGUUCCAUCGGGGGGCGCUCCGGCCUCUUCCCCAUCGACGUCACUCAGCCGUCUGCCCCUCCUGACUACCACCACGUCCACCUUGACCGCCUCGACGAGAGGAGGAAGAGCAUGAGAGCCCCCAAGCCGCCCGCUGCCACUAGACCCCCAGCUCCCAGGUCCACUCCCCACACUGGCUCAGCACAGCCCAGCCGAGGGAGUUCCAUGCUGGGGUCAGCUCGUUCCGUCCAAGUAUCGGUCCAGGGCAGUGAGAUGAGUGACGCCCAGACGUUCCAGAUGACAGAGUUUGCCAUGAAAUACUUCAGAGACACUGCCACCAGAAUGGAGGGUAAAGGUCUGCUAUAUGGAGGUAUAAACUUCUCAGAGGUGCUUCAGUACACAGAGGUUCCCAUUCAGGAAUCCCUCAUCUUGUACAUUGAUCCUGAGCUCAAUGGCCUGGCUGUCCAGGCCUUCCUGAGUGUGAUGCAGUUCAUGGGAGACCAGCCUCUUGGGAGGCACACGUCUGAGGGAGACUGUGUCAGCCAUAUCUUGAUGUUAGGGAAGGAGAAAGAGUUUCUGAGAGAUGAGAUUUACUGCCAGGUGAUCAAACAGAUCACAAACAACACACACAAAGAGAGAUGUACCCGGGGUUGGCGUCUGUUGAACCUGGUAGCAGGGUUCUUCCCCUGCUCUGGCACUCUGAACCCCUACAUCACAUGUCAUCUACAAAACAUCAGCCAAGACCCCACACACCUCUACCAAGAGCUGUCUCAAAACUGUAAGGAGAGCAUGUUCGGGACUCUGAUCCACGGUGGUCGCAGACACGUCCCCUCUCACGCAGAGAUGGAAGCCAUACUGGCCGGCAGACAAUCUCGUCGGUUCCCCAUCAAGCUGCCAGGCGGAGUGGAGUUCCUCUGUAGGAUACGCAGCUUCAGCGUGGCUCUAGAGGUGGUGGAAGAGCUGUGUACAGAGAUGGGCAUCCAGGACCCGUCAGAAAUCAAGGAGUUUUCUAUCCAUGCCAUUCGGGACAAGGAUGGGAUGGUGCGGCCUCUCCACUCAGAUGAGUACCUGUUUGACUUCCUAUUGGACGACGGCUCCAUCGUCCUGUCCUUCCACCGCGUCAUAUGGACACACCCACUUCACUUCGACAACGACCUCUACCUGGAGUUCCACUUCCAACAGGUCCUGGGUGACUACCUGGACGGCAAACUGAUGCUGCCAGGCAGUGGUGCCGCUGUCGUCCAGCAGACGGCAGAGCUGGCUGUCCUGCAGCACCUGGCACAGGGCCUCACUCAAGAGCCUUCUGUGCUAGAACUGAAGGGGUACCUCCCCCAACAGGAAGAGGGUAGCACCAACCUGGAGCAGAUCCACACUAUCUCCCUCAGAGAGAUAACCGCCAUGCGCUCUCUCAGCCCCCGUGCUGCCAAGGCACGCUUCCUCGAGUGCCUGAGCUCCCUGCCUCUGUUCGGUUCUAAUAUCUUCCUGGCUCAGAAGGUCAGCCAUCGCAGCUGCCCCUCGCCCUGCCUGGUGGCUGUCAACCAAGAAGGAGUGCUGUUCUGCCAUCCCAAUAUGCAGGAGCGGGCAUUUAUGAUCCCAUUGGUGGAAGUGCAGUCACUGUGCUCAGUUAAACCCAAGAAAGACAAGAAGGUGCCUGGAGUGGAGAUCAACUACGGCAACCCAGGACUAAAAACCAUCACCAUCCACCUCAAACAGGCCAAGAAGCUGUGCCACAUCAUUGCUGUCAUCAUGGAGGAGCUGGUGAGACCACCCAUCAAUAGCUCUAUCUCCAGCCGCAACCCCUAGACACACACACACACACACACACACACACACACACACACACACACACACACACACACACACACACACACACACACACACACACACACACACACACACACACACACACACACACACACACACACACACACACACACACACACACACACCUGCAGUUGGAUAGGAAAAGAGUUCUACAUCUGUCAAUCAUUGAUUCAUAUACGUAAUGAAAGCGAAUCACUUUCCACAUCUACCAUUCCUUCUCCUGUGUCAGUGAUACUCCAGUUGGUGAUUGAUUGAUGAAAAUGGUUGAGAAAUUAAUUCUAUCCAGUACAGGUUUCAUUUUCUCAAUUUCCCAACAAACACGCACUCAGAGAGGGAGCCUAUUGAUAAGCGGACCUGCACUGAUAAAUAUCAAAACAAAUCAAUGCCUUCAGAUUUUUAUCUAAAACAUUUCCUUAUUUAAAAAAACCAUCACAGCCUUUGAAUACCAAUGAAUGUCCAAAUUUGAAUAUUGCUUUGUACGUGUUAGGUUUCCGUGCAAUAUAUCUUUAUAUAACCGAUUUAUCAAUGUGUUUCUUUGUAGUAAAUAUUUUUGUAAUUUAAAUCAAAUUAUUUUGUAGAUGGAUGAAACUGUUCUUGUUUACUUUGUGUAUAACUAUUAAAAAGUAUUGCUGAAUAAGGCAUUGUUUCAAUUA